AUUAAUCACCACAAAAGGACCAGAAAAAGUUCAGUGUUGUCACAGCACCUUGGUAACCAUCAUCGCACGUGGACUGAUGUAUAUUAAUUAGGGAAACAACCAUAAUUAAUUUUCGUUAAUUAUUUUUUGUUGUUUUGUACAGUUGCUUCGCGAAUCGGACCUAUAUAGCUUUGGGCAACCUUCUUGGUUUAGUUAGUCGAUUUUUUUGAAAUGUGGUGCGUUAUUUUGGGUAUCGUCUUAAUUUUAUUUGGGUGCGGGGAUGCAAAAGAAUUACCUUCCUAUCUAAAACUUUGCCAAAGGAGAGAUCCGCAGCUCCAUCAAUGUAUAAUGGAUAACGUCCAAAUCCUAAAGCCAAAAAUGAAACCUGGAAUUCCGGAGCUUUAUAUACCACCUCUGAACCCUUUAGUCAUACCAGAAGCUACAUUAAAUAGUGGAUCUAGCUUUAGGGCUACUUUUAAAGAUAUACAGUUGUAUAAUGCUCAUGAAUUCAAUUUGCAAUCUUUCGAUGUCGAUUUGGACAAGUAUCACAUCGACUUGAAAAUAUUGUUUCCUUUGCUCAGAAUCAAAUCACUCUACAGUUUCAAUGGAAGACUUUUGAUUUUGAAUUUGAACGGAAAAGGACCAGCUGAUGGAAAUUAUACAAAUGUACAAGUUGGACUCAGUUUAAAUGGUAAAGUUUUCAAAAAGAACAACAAAGAAUACGUCAGUUGGGAAAAAGAGAAAAUUGACAUUAACAUUGAAAAAAUAAAUUUACUUUUCGAGAGACUUUUUGGUGACAAUACAGAACUGAAUGAUCAAACAAAUAAAGUGAUCAACAAUAAUAUCGACGGAAUUGUUGAAGAGCUACAACCUGUCAUACAGGAAGUUGUCAGUGGUUUUGUUUUUAGUUUAGUGAAUCGAUUAUUUUCAAGAUUUUCUUUGAAUGAACUUUUCCCGCCAAAAUAGUUUUAUUAAUCUAAAAAAUAUGCUAUUUUGUUUGAUAAUUAAUUAGAGGAAGAGACAAUUAGCCAUAUGUAUUUGUGAUUGAGAACUUCUUGUAAAGAAGUUGUUUUUUUUUUUAAAUAAAUUGAAAAUCGCUGAAUACAAUGA